AUGAAACCUGAGGAAGAAUUCCUGAACGCAGCUGCAUGGACAGAAAAGUACCCGCACUGUUAUCCACGUUGGUAUGGAAAUUUCUUGGCUUUCCUGUCCAUUAACCACCCUGAAUAUGCAAAGGCCGUGUACAGCAGAGGCGGUAAGAAAUUUGUACCUUAUGUCCCUCUCAUCGUGCAGUUACAUGAAUACAGUGGUACUUCGGGUUAAGUACUUAAAUCGUUCCGGAGGUCCGUUCUUAACCUAAAACUGUUCUUAACCUGAAGCACCACUUUAGCUAAUGGGGCCUCCUGCUGCCGCUGUGCUGCCGGAGCAAGAUUUCCGUUCUUAUCCUGAAGCAAAGUUCUUAACCUGAAGCAUUAUUUCUGGGUUAGCGGAGUCUGUAACCUGAAGCGUAUGUAACCUGAAGCGUAUGUAACCCGAGGUACCACUGUAUGCUGAAGGCUGUCAACAUUAUUCAUGCAGUAAGUUGACCUGCUCUUUGUAAGGCAAGAAAUAAAUGUAAGUAAUUCAUAUUUCAAGAGCAUCCUAAAGCAACCUUCCCCAACCUGAUGCCUUCAAGAUGUUUUGAACUCCAACUCCCAUCAGUCCCUCACUGCCAGGCAAAGAACUCCCAGCUCCCAGCUCUAGUUCUACCCAAGUCUUUAAUGCUCAAAUCAGAUUGGUAGAGAAGGCACACAGCAGACUACAAAAUUCAAAAAGUACAUUAGAGAACUGGAUAUUUCAUUUUGGAAAUUGGGGGAAGCACAACUAUUUGCCCAACAAAUGGCUGGAGUCCCCAAGGCUGGGCAAGGUAAUGGUCACACCUUGGAGUAAGCUUGGCCUGCAAAGGUUGUUCCUCUUAAUUCUCAUGUGCAAAGAUGUGGAAGUGUGCAUUGGAUCUGGCUGCUGAAAAGCAAGGAGAGGCAAGUGAGGGAGCUCUGGGUGCCCAUAGGAAUCCCCUAGAUUCAGGCAACAGAGUACAAUUUAGCAAAUUAAACAUUUAAAUUUGUUCUCACAAAUAGUUUUUUACCAUCUCAUGCUAAACUCAUUUUCUCUCAUUUAUCACACUAUUCAGAUCCUAAAGCUCUUGUAACAUACAACUUCCUGAUUCCAUGGAUUGGUAUGUAUUUUCUCUCAUUAAUUUUAUGUAUUCCUGAAUUUUCUGUGAUAUUCUUGUAUCGAGCAUAUCCAUAUAUUCUCAGCUUUCAAAGUUCAAAGUUCCUUUGGGUCUAUGGGAAGCUGCUAGUAUUUGUUAAGCUGGUGCCUUCCCCACUGGUGCCUUCCAGGAGGCUUCAGUGCCAGCUUUAUUCCUUUGGCCAACUGAUUCCUGCCCGUGUUGCUGAAGAAUCAGACUCUAUAGGAUGUUUCCCUACAAUGUCAAAAGUCUGUCCUUAUAGAGUCUGUGAAGAUGGACUUCUCAGGUUGUAAGGAAAUAUACACACUGCAUUCCAUGUUUCAGAAAUCCUUUAGUAGGUAAAUAGAUUCUUAACUUGAAUUAUUCCAGCAAUUAAGUGCCUACUUCAAUGGGUCAUAUAUAGUGCUGUAAACCCUGCCAUCUGUGGUGGAUAAUUUUCCAUGUGACCCUGACCCUGGUGUAUGUGCCUAAGAAAGACAACAUUAUCUUGGGCUUCUGUUCCUCAUUUUCCUUCCUUUUCCUGGCAGGAAGGGGGCUUCUCAUCCUGAAUGGGCCAAAGUGGCAGCAGCACCGGAAACUGCUGACUCCCGGAUUCCAUUACAAUAUUCUGAAGCCUUAUGUGACUCUUAUGGCAGAAUCAGUCAAGGAGAUGCUGGUAAGAAACCCCAUUGCUACUUUCAGGAGGUCAGCUCCAGUCUAAGAAGUUGCUCAUCCACCUUCAUGAUCUCAGUCCUGCUUUGAGCAGACUCAGAGGGCCAGAGCAGACUCUUUCUUUGACCUGAAAGCCUCCUCUGACAUACCACAAAGAUCUUUCGAAAAGUUUGAGUCAGAAGCCCCCAUCGAAGUGUGAAACUAGUUGAGCAGCCCUUUGGGUCUCAGGCAAUGAGUUUGCAGCAGCAUUGAAUUCUAAAAUUCCUUCAUAACCUGUGACACUUGAUAUUGUCUUAAUUAGUUCAUCCACAUUUUCAGGACAGACAGAUGCUGACUACCAUAAGCUUUCUUUGUGGAAUAUUUAAAUGCAUCACUUUGAAGGGUUGUGCAGUGUUGUAUUAGCUAGAAUUGUAUGUCAAAACCGUGUUUACUUCCUCUUCCAUAACACAAAGUUCCUUUGAAAAGUUUGAGUCUGGAGUACCUGUGAAAGUAUGAGGCUAGUUGAGCAGUCCUUUAUGUUGCAGGCAAUGACUUUUGCAGGAGCAAAUACAUUUCCCCCCAAUGUCUAGUUAUGACACACAAACUCUCUCUCUCUCCCUCUCUCUGUCAGUCUGAUGCUUCCUCAUUCUUCUCCACAUCUCCACUGAAUCAAAAGGCUUUAUGUGUGUCCUUGAGAUACGCUUACCAGCCAGUAGAGCAGGGGUCAGCAACCUUUUUCAGCUGUGAGCUGGUCCAUUGUCCCUCAGACCAUGUGGUGGGCCAGACUAUUUUUGUUUGGGGGGGUGACCGAAUUCCUAUGCCCCACAAAGAACCCAGAGAUGCAUUUUAAAUAAAAGCACACAUUCUACUCAUGUAAAAACACGCUGAUUUCCGGACCGUCCCUGGUCCGGAUUUAGAAGGCGAUUGGGCUGCAUCCGGCCCCCGGGCCUUAGGUUGCCUACCCCUGCAGUGGAGGAAGCUGCUUAGCAGACGGUAGUGACUGAUGCCCAUUGGGACUAGGAGGAUAGAAGGCAAAGAGGCCAUCAGUAAGUGGAGCCAGAGCUAAUGACAGGCAGAGCCAACCAGUCCUACUUUAACCCCUAUUCCCUGCUGAGUUCUACAAAUGCAACAUCGUAUCUAAUAAUGAAUCAUCUAAUCAUUCAGGAGACUUCUCUAUUCUCAUUUCUUUCCCUUUCCUAAAAUAUUAGGAUGUAUGGGGAAAGCUGGUACUCAGCAACCCUACAGCAUCAGUGGAGAUGUUCGAACAUGUCAGUCUGAUGACUCUUGAUACUAUUAUGAAAUGUGCCUUCAGCUACCAGAAAAAUGCUGAAACGGACAGGUCAGUAUAAAAUCCCUAUUUCAGAGAAGGUGGGAGUCCCAGACAGAUACAGACCUUCUUUUCUGUGUCAUGCGCUAGGAGUGUCAUGAGAAGCAAGCCCAAGAUUGCAGUCACCUCUGCGAUCUGCAUAUGGUUAAGGAAGCCAUUCAGGAUGAUGGACAUCACUACAUCUUUGGGGAGUAAAUUCUAUAGUUUAACUGUGCGAAGAAAUAGUUUCGUUUGUCUGUGAUGAAUCUUCCAACUGUCAGUUCAAUGGAUGACCCUGGGUUCCUUCCUCUAACCCUUGGACCAAUUUGUUUGUUCUUAUUGUGAGAUAACCAGCCUCAUAUAACCAGCAUGCUUAAGUCUAAUUAAUGCACAAAGGGGUUAAGGCCAUAGAGUAAGCUGUCCUGCCAGGCCUAGCUCACCAUGGAAGGUACCAGGUAAUCAGAAACUAAUCGGCAGCCAGUGCAGUCAGGCCAGAAUUUGUGCAAUAUGCUCAAAACAUGUUACCCUGGUGAGCUUCAAGGCCGCCAAACAGAUGUCAAAGAGAUAAACAACUACUUGACAUUCAGAAGACAUCUUAAGGCAGCCCUGUUCAGGGAAGUUUUUAAUAUGUAACGCUGUACUGUUUUUAACACUUGAUUGGGAGCCGCCCAGAGUGGCUGGGGAAACUCAGCCAGAUGGGCGGGGUAUAAAUAAUAAAUUAUUAUUAUUAUUAUUAUUAUUAUUAUUAUUAUUAUUUAUUAUUCACCAGCUGAAGUUUCUGAAACUGUCUUCAGAGGUAGUCCUAUACAUAAGGUGUUGCAAUAAUUGAACAUAGAGGUAGCCAUAGUAUAGACAAUGGAAAUAAGGCUAUCGCUGUCCAGAUCGGAGUGCAGCUGGUCUGCCAGCCAAAGCUGAUUGAGGGCACUACAGGCCACCAAGGCUGCCAGAAAUACCCCCAAACUACAUACCCACUUCAUCACAAUCCAUCUAGUCUAGGGAACCACGCACCAACAGUACCUCAGACUUAUCUGGAUUGAUCAUCAGCUUGUUGGCUCUUGCAAAGUCAUCUAAUCUUUGUUUUUUGUUUUUUUGUGUGUUUAUAUUGGUUUCCAUUUCUCACUGUCCACAGAGAAAAUUCCUAUAUUCAAACUGUUUUUGAUCUUGGGUUCCUGGCUUAUCAGAGACUGAAAACACCAUUGCAUCACAAUGAUCUCAUUUACUGGCGUCAGUUUUACAAAGUUUGCAAAAUAGCCCACCAUCACACAGGUAUGUAUUUUUUACUUCCUGGCAACAACUUUUUCUUCCUGCUCCCCCUCCUCCUCCUCUUCUUCUGAGCUAAUAUAUAAUUUUAUUUCCUAAUAAAAAAAUUCAAAAUAAAAGAAGAUAUUGUUUCAGUACCAUUAGGAAAAUUAAAAAUUGUAAGUGUUGGUAUGAUGCACUUGAAAAGCAAGACAAUUUUUUUAAAAAUUAAUUUAACAAUGGUCUUAUUAUAAUAGAGAGACUAGAAAUGAAAAAGGUUGAAGCAAAAUUAAGAAAACACAUAACUGCCUCCUCCUUUCCAACUUAACUUCUUCUCUACUUAUGUGCUCAAUCAUUUAUAUAAGGAGAAAGGACUUUCUAUUUAUAAGAAGUAAAAUUUUAUAAAUGAAAUCAACCAACACCUUGGCAUUAUAUUUACCUCCCUAUCAAUUCUUCUCAUACUUCCUAAUAACAUGAAUUCUCUUUCUGGAACCCUAAAAUCUGAUCAUUUGUCUAACAUAAUGAAUAUAUCUUUCUUAUACUUCUGAGAAUUUUCAUGAAAUUCAAUAAUUUCUCUCUGUCCCCAGAGAAAUAUUUCAUUGUCCUUUUCCCACAUCAUUCCUGUUCAGGAUUUCUCCCUGGAUUUCUGGAGAUCAUGUAACCUUUACUGAAUUGUUAAACGUCCAAAAGACCCUGAGGAAACCUGGGUGUGGGUGUGUGAAAGAGCAGAGUUUGCAUCUGGAUUCUCAUCUUCCCUAUAUCCUUCUUCUCCUUUUUAGCUUUCUCCUAUGUGAAGCUUUAAUCCCAACAUGAUAACUCUCUCUAAGAACAUAGGAAUAGCCUGCUGGAUCAGGCCAAUAGCCCAUUCUAGUGCAGCAUCCUUUCUCACAGUGGUCAACUAGAUGCCGGUGGGAACCUAGGAAGCAGAACCUAAACACAAAAGAACUUCCCCCUCCUGUGGUUCCCAGAAACCAGCAUUUGGAAGCCUUAAUGCUCCCAACUGUGGACUGAAAUUUGGACUGAAAACUUUUAGCUCUUUAAGCUACUGAUCAUUCUAAGCUUCCUUUUCAGAGCUCAGCUAAUAAAAGUAUUUGUUACCCUAAGCAUAACACAAUCUAAAUAUAUUUGCUUGCCUCUUAUGUAUAGCUUUAUUCAUUUCAUACUGUAUGUUUUCAAUGCAGAGAAGGUAAUAAGAGAGAGGAAGGAUUCCCUCAAGAAUGAGAAAGAGCUUGAAAAGAUUCUGAAGAAGAGGCAUUUGGACUUCCUGGAUAUUCUUCUUUGCGCAAAGGUGGACAUUGUAAAAAUAAUGGACCUAUGCCUGCCAUGCUAUAUUGCUAAGGGCUUUUCCAGCCAUCACUAACCUUCUUUGAAAGGUUUGAUGUGAGCUGGGAGAGGGAGGAGGGUCUUGGAGAACUUUAAAUAUUGGAUCUCACCAAUCCUAUAAAACACUAUGUUCCCUGUGCGGUUAGGAUGAAAAUGGAAAUCCAUUGUCAGAUGAAGACAUACGUGCAGAAGUGGACACAUUCAUGUUCGAAGGUCAUGAUACCACAGCUAGUGGAAUCUCUUGGCUCUUUUAUUGUAUGGCCCAGAACCCUGAACAUCAGCAGAGAUGCAGAGAGGAGAUCAUGGAGCUUGUUGGGCAACAGGAGGAUAUUCAAUGGUCAGACUAAAUUAUUGUUCAACCUUAAAUGUUUAUUUCCUGCUUUAUGGGUUUCUCAGAAAUUAAGAGAAGAUGAAGGGACAGCAACACUGCAGAGUGUUUUAGGGUCAGAGUACUCUGACUACAAGUCUCAGGUUUGUUAGGUUCCAGGGAAAUUGGCCUAAUCCUAUGCUCUCGAACCCUAUUUGCUACAUCUUAAUAAAUGGUUAAAAAGGUAAAAGGUAAAGGUAAAGUACCCCUGACAGUUAAGUCUAGUCUCAGAUGACUCUGGGGUUGUGGCGCUCAAUUCGCUUUACAGGCCGAGGGAGCCGGCAUUUGUCUGCAGACAGUUUUUCCAGGUCAUGUGGCCAGCAUGACUAAGUUGCUUCUGGCACAACGGAACUCCGAAGCCAGAGCAGCGCAUGGAAACGCCAUAUACCUUCCCAUUGGAGUGGUAUCUAUUUAUCUACUUGCACUUUUGGACGUGCUUUCAAACUACUAGCAGAAGCUGGGACUGAGCAAUGGGAGCUCACCCCAUCAUGGGGAUUCGAACCGCCGAUCUUCUGAUCGGCAAGCCCAAGGCAACCACAGCACCACCCGCAUCCCUUAAAAAAAAGUUAUGAGACCUAAAUCUGGCAAUUUUGGGCUGUGUCUUUAAGGGACAACUUGGGAAAGAUGACAUACAGCACCAUGUGCAUUAAGGAGAGCCUUCGGCUUUAUCCUCCAGUACCUCUUAUAGCACGAGAAGUGGAUUCUCCUGUGACUUUUGCUGAUGGACGAACCUUACCAAAAGGUAGGCUUCCCCUCUCUCCCUUCUGCAGACUUCCUUGAACUCGCCCCUUCCUCUUCCAUCUUCAUUCUUACACUGUUCUCAUUAUUCAAUUCCACUGUCACUUAACUUCCAUCAAGGGUUUCUAACCUUUUCUGGACCACAUUCACCCUUGGACUACCUUGUGGGGUUACUGACAACUGUGAUGCGGCCACCGCACAAUCUUGCUUGCACACACUCACAUUCGUGCACACGGAAUAUGUGGAGGACACAUACAGGUGUGCAUGCCUACACAGAGGUACACAGCCCCUGUGUUCAGAUGGACACUUUCAGGAGCUGCUAGGCCUUAGAUGGAUGAUCUCUUGAGGCCCCACCUACAUCUAAAUGAAUUCCUUGGGCAAACAAACCAGGAAAUAUGCUUUCCAGCUGCCUUCCUGUACUCUGUGCAGGAUCAUCCUGGUUACCAGUGCAACAGCUCUGAAAAUCUGCCUGUCUUUGCAGCAAGUUACUGAGAAUGAAUGUUUUGGUAAAUGCCACUGGAUAGCAAUUAAUUCUCAUUACAUAAUAUCACUGGUGACGAAAUGAUACUAGAUGAUGUCUCUUUUUUUCCACAGGCUUUCUAACUAUAUUGGAUAUUUAUGGUCUUCACAGAAAUCCUGAGGUUUGGGAAAAUCCUGAGGUAAUAAUAAAAGGAGAAAAGCCUAAGCAAGACCUUUCUGGUGAGACUGAGAGAAGUUGACAUGUUUUGAGAAAAAGAUGGUGGAAUAAUUGCCAUAGACACAUACAAUUUCUUUAAGAAAAGAAGCCAAUUGUUUGUCACACUAACACUGUGUGACUAGAUGUGUGGAUUUAUCCCAGUGUUUUGUUUUACCAGUUUCUUGCUUGUUUUAGCUUACUAAACACAUCCAGAAGUAUUCCAGUUCGGAGGUGAGAAAGGCACAUUUAGUCCAUUGCCCCAUAUCAGUGGCCUAAUGCCAAACUAUCUACCUCCUGAUAUAAUAUUAAAUGUGGAGCAGAAACAUAUAAACACAAGUGAUGCCUGCAUUUUCCUAUGUAGAUACUACCAGCUCUAGAGUGUGUGCAUGAGAGAGAGAUGCUGGUGAAAACGUGUGUGUCUCUCUGUGUGUUUCUGUGUGUGUGUCUGCAUGUAGAGCUAAAUUCCUCCCUAUGCCAUGACUCUGAUCCAAAUCCCUUUCCUGCCAGCAGCUGUUAGUAAAAAGAAAAAUGUUUGGAUAUAUCUUCUAACACUCUGAUGUCAAGCUUAGUGUGUCCCUCUACAGAAUUGGAUAAGAACAGUAUGAGGAAGAUACUGUACUAAUGAAGUAGAAGGACAGGCCACAUGUUAUGUAGUUAUGAUUCUUAAAAUGUUGCUUAAGCACUUACAAAAUGGCAAAAAUCUAUUGCGAAAAGAAAACCAUUGCAAAAAUAUAUUGGCAAAGCUGCUGUGGAAUCCUAAUCCAGAAAACAUUCCUAAUCCACAUCAGGAGCUAUGGAAGUAUUCUGCCAAAAAUCCACCCACCCACCAGUCCCUAAAGUACUGCUUACAAAAUCUGUGUAGGCUUCCCUCUCCAUUCAAAGAGCAACUUCAGGAGCAACAUCAGCACCACAGCAGGGGGGAAAGGUUAGCAUUUCCCUCCCAAGCCCUGCAGGCCUGUUGCUGGUCAGACACUCCAAUGGCUGUGUACAGUUUUGAAAACAUGCACACUGAUGCAAUUAACAUCAUGUCUCAUUUGGCCCAGGCAUUUAUAGAUGUGAAGGAAUUUUCCUUCAUAUUACAUUGGGGAAAACAUGUUGCUAAGAGUGCAGUCCUAUAAUCCUAUACAGAACUAAGCCCCAUGGAGCUCGAUUGGCAUUAUGACCCAGUAAGUGGGUAUAGAACAGUAUUCUUUUUUGUGAAUGCCCCUUUUUCCUUUAGCUCUUUUGCCACUAUAUCAGUUGCCAUUCUAAUCCAAAAUUCCAUGACUUAUUUUCUGUUGUAGGAGUUUUAUCCUCUAAGAUUCUCCACAGAGAAUUCAAAGCAUCGCCACCCAUAUGCUUUCUUGCCUUUUGCUGCAGGGCCAAGGUAAAUAUUUUCUCACCUAUAUUUUGCACUGUUUCCUCCAUAAAAGGAGACUUUUACAUUAAUCUUCCAUGAAAGACACAACUGUGUUCAAGGCUUAUAAAAUUGUGAAUGAGUCCACAGCAAGGCAGAAUUAGCUGCCAGCAUAAAACAAUAUAUACUCAAAAGCUUAAAAGGGUAGGGCAUACAAAGGAGAACAAAGAUGGUGCCAGACAUUCAUUUCUGGGAAGGGAAAUCUAAAAGUGAAGGAGCAACAACCGAAAAGGCCCUGAUUUGACCAUGUGCAGAAUGCUCUUCUGUUUGUAAUGUAAUGUUGCCCUUUAUUCUACUCAGGAACUGCAUUGGACAGCAGUUUGCCAUGAAUGAGAUGAAGAUUGCUCUUGCAUUGACACUCCUGUACUUUGAGCUUUUGCCUGAUCCUGCCAACCUCCCGAUUCCCAUGCCGCAAAUUGUCACCCGAUCCAUAAAUGGGAUAUAUCUGAAGCUGAAGGCUCUCCACUGA